ACCGCCCGACCCGACCGAAAGGCCUUUAGUUUGAAACUGCUGGUGCUUAGAAUUGAAUGGCUGGGAGAAAACCACAACAUCACUGAGAAACAAGACCAGAACUCAACUCAGCUGGCUUUGCAAUUCUGGAGUUUCAGAAAGAUGCAAGCUUUAAUCACCCUGCCAUCUAGAGCUGAAACCUGGAUAGUCCCCCAGUUGGGUUCUUGUAAACUCAGUACUCGGAGAAGGAGAAGAAAAAAGAUGUGGGGUCUUGCUUUUCCUGUUUGCUAUGGUACAGCUAGUGCAGUUUUCAAAUUUGGUUUUGGAUGUGGGAGUGUUUCUAGGUACUCUGGACUUAGACUUGCUAGCAAUUGUGAGCCCAACAAGGGCUCUUCUUUUGUGUCGGCUUGGGCUUUGGAGGAACAAGCUAUUGGGAAUGAGAUUAGUGUAGACAAAUCGCAACAUGGGUUGUUAGGGGAAUGUGAGAGCAAGGAUGUUGUUGUGGAGGGAAUUGAGGAGAGUGAGAUUGUUGAUGUGCGUGCGCUGGCAUCGAGCUUACAGUUUGCGAAAACAGCAGAUGAUGUGGAAGAGGUUCUGAAGGACAAGGGUGAUUUGCCUCUUCAAGUAUUCUCAUCCAUGAUCAGGGGUUUUGGGAGAGACAAGUUUAUGGAUUCCGCAUUUGCUGUUGUUGAAUGGCUUAAGAGGAGGAAGGAAGAAACUAAUGGUAUGAUUACCCCAAAUUUAUUUAUCUUUAAUAGUCUCUUGGGUGCAGUGAAGCAGUCUAAACAGUUUGGAGAAAUGGAUAAAGUCUUGGCUGAUAUGACGCAGGAAGGGGUGGAACCGAAUGUUAUAACUUACAAUACUAUAAUGGCAAUUUAUGUAGAACAAGGACUAAGUAGUAAGGCCCUUGAUGUUCUUGAGGAUAUUCAGAAGAAGGGCUUGAUUCCAUCUUCAGUGACCUACUCUACAGCAUUGCUGGCUUAUCAGAGAAUGCAAGAUGGAGUUGGAGCCUUAGAGUUCUUUGUCGAGGUCAGAGCAAAGUAUCGUAAUGGUGAUAUAUGUAAAGUUUCAGAAGAAGACUGGGAAAAUGAGUUUCUAAAGCUCGAGAACUUUACAAAACGUGUUUGCUACCAAGUGAUGCGGCGGUGGCUUGUGGUGGAUGAUAAUUUAAGUAUCAGUGUGCUAAAACUUCUAGUAAAGAUGGAUAAUGCUGGGGUACCACUUGGUCGGGCAGAGCUUGAGCGCCUUUUGUGGGCCUGUACCCGUGAAGACCAUUAUAAUGUGGCAAAAGAAUUGUAUAGUAGGAUAAGAGAAAGGCAUUCUGAAAUAAGUCUAUCCGUCUGUAAUCACGUUAUUUGGGUGAUGGGAAAGGCUAAGAAAUGGUGGGCAGCUUUGGAGAUUUAUGAGGAUAUGCUGGACAAGGGGCCAAAGCCAAAUAACAUGUCAUAUGAAUUGGUAGUAUCUCACUUUAAUAUUCUUCUGACUGCUGCUAGAAAAAAGGGAAUUUGGAGAUGGGGUGUCAGGUUGCUCAACAAGAUGGAAGAGAAAGGUCUUCAACCGAGAAGUAAGGAAUGGAAUGCAGUUCUAGUUGCCUGUUCUAAGGCUGCAGAAACUUCUGCUGCUGUCCAGAUUUUUAGAAGAAUGGUAGAACAAGGUCAAAAACCCACAAUCCUUUCUUAUGGGGCCUUGCUCAGUGCUCUUGAAAAGGGGAAACUCUAUGAUGAGGCUCACCAGGUGUGGGAACAUAUGAUCAAGGUUGGUGUAAAACCCAACCUGUAUGCGUACACAAUCAUGGCCUCAGUUUUCAGUGGACAAGGAAAAUUUAAUUUGGUGGAGACCAUUGUUCAAGAGAUGGUUUCAUCAGGGAUUGAGCCAACGCUAGUCACAUACAAUGCAAUUAUUAGUGGCUGUGCACGAAAUGAUUCAAGCAGUGCUGAUGCAUAUGACUGGUUUGAUCGGAUGAAAGCUAACAAUAUUCCUCCAAACAAUGUUACUUAUGAAAUGAUGAUCGAGGCUCUUGCUAAAGAAGGUAAACCAAGGCUUGCAUACGAGUUAUAUUUGAGGGCUCAAAACCAGGGCAUUCACCUCUCUGCAAAGGCUUAUGAUAUUUUGGUCCAACCCUCAAUGGUUUCUGGAGCUAGUUUUGAUCUAAAACUCUUAGGGCCUCGUCCACCUGAGCAGAAAAAGGAAAAUUUGCGAGGUAGAAAAUCUUCUACCUAAAACUUUUGAAGAACUCAGAGAUGUAAACCAUUUGAUACUUGAUAGCUAGAGAGAGAGAAAGGAAAUAUAAGCCCUUGACAAACCAAUGUGGAAUUAGUUACCAUGAGCUCUCUGUCCAUCCAUCUGAAUGUACACCCCGAUGUAUAAAUUUAUUGAUUUGUAAGUAACAGUUUACCUCACUCUUUAAAUUUCUGAUCUAUUUA